GCGUGCAAUCGCCAGCGAGCGAUAUACAUUGCGCUCGACCAGCAUGGCGUCGACCGCGUGGCUCGAGUCGGCCGACUACGUCCGCAGGCUCUACGACCUCUACGAGCGGAACGUCGCUGAUACGCAGAUCGAGGACUUGCCCGCGUCGCCGCCCGCCGCCGUGGCCAAGCGCCUCGCCGCGGUACCGCUCGCAUGGUCGUCGCUGCCAUCGCUCGCCCGGCGCGCACUGCUCUGGGACGCCGGGUACGUUCGAAGUACCGCAGGCGCAAUGGCCUAUGUCCAAGUCCAAACCCAGUGCGUGAACGCGACGGGGCGCAGCAUGGCGUCGAUCGCCGUGCGCCGGCCACAGUAUGGUGGCAGCACCGUCGUCUGCGACAGCGCGAGGAAUGCAACCACGACGUACUUUCGCCAGGCGUCGUCGUUGGGCGUCGUCGACAUUGAUUGGACGUGCGCGACGCAGGCGCCGCUCGCCAACGGCGCCUCGAUCGCGUGGUCCCAAGACGACCUCGGGCCGCUCACGGUGCCGACGCCGCAAGUAUUUAUGGUGCUCACAGACGACGCGCAGUCGAUGUUUGCUAUCCACACGUCACCGUGGCCAAGCGCCUCGUACGGAAAGUGUCCCGCGCCCAAUCGACCGAGCGGCCUCGUCGUGCCGUGCGUCGACGCCGCGACGGCGAAACCCGGGCUCUGGUGCAACCCCGCGCCGUCGUCGCUCAUGGACGUCUGGCUCAAGCAGCUGCACAACCCGACGGUGGUGCUUCCAACGACGCUCACACCCACCACUGUGCGUCCGACAGACACGAUCGUGGCGCCGCCGAUGCCAAUGUCCCAGCCGACCGCGACCGGUGCCGUCGGCGCGGCAGUCAUCGUGCUCGGUGCUGCCUUUGGCGUCACGGCUGUCAUCGUCGGUGUCUGCUUCAUCGCAUGGUUCCAACGCCGGCUGCAAGAAAUGAUCGAUGCCACCGAGAACAACCUCCGCGUGGCACCCGCCCCCGUCGACGCCAUCGAAGCCGAUCACCAAUCGAGCAGUGGACUCUACGGCCCGCUGGUGACACCGAAAGAAGCCGAUCGACGCCAGUACUAGCCAAUGCAAUCCAAUUUUAAGAUUAGUUGCUGUUGUUCGAGUU